AUGUCUGAAACGAGACCUAUCACUUUCGGAGUCGAGUUCGAGUUCAUUGUCCCGCAAGCAGCGGGGGAUGAUUCGCACCCGCAUGAUCAGCGCUGGUAUGAGACGAAGAAGUAUGACCGAAACUAUCUUGAUGCUAUGUGCCCCAGAGUUGUGGAUUUCUUGAGGGGCACUGUCCCGAUUGUUGAAGACGAAAACUACAAGACUUCAUUAUACACCGCACAACAGCGAGGAAUCACUCUCCAGCCGGGGCAUGCGAUCCCGUAUUCAUACUUCUGGAAAACCUCGUUUGAUGGAUCUGUCCAAGCAAGGCCGGAAGAGGAUGUCGUUGGGAACUACAGCUAUAGGCAGCACUCUGUAGAAGUGUCUUCCCGUGUCCUGCGCGAGGACGAGUUCGAUGAGGUUGCUUCGGUCUACCGCCAGCUUCGCGCAUCCAUGCGGAUCAACUUGAACAGUUCUUGCAGCUUCCACGUCCACGUUGUAAUGCACUCUUUCCUUCCAUCCGGCGUUCUUUCGGAUGGCCUCCAGGGUUCCCUGAGAGGAAUCUGGAGCGCCACCUCGGUCCUUGACCUCCGAGAGCAGCUCCUCGUGCAAUGGGGCGGCGACGAUGGUGACUAUUACGUGCGCGGCGCCUUCAAUGUUCGUGAAAUCGAUGAAGAAGACAUACUCGGCGAGCCGUGUGUCACAAGCACUGCUGAGUUCCGCUAUUCCCACGCUUCGGGGGACGCAGAGCGGGACCAUUGUUUCGUGCGCAUUUCAUCUAUUGCCACAACUGUCUCGGCGGCAUGUGACAGAGAGGACCUUAAGGAGUUGGCCAUUCAGUAUGUUGAUGCCCAGGCGACCGGCAGCGGCGUUGAGGAUAUGCCGCCAUUCAUCGAUGUUGCAACUUACAUGGAAAAUGGCCAGCCAAUGGACGUCCGGACCGGCAUCCUGACCCAGUCCCUCAACAUCGACCACAACAGAAGCAUCCACGACACCGUCCAGUGUGCCACCUUCACGGAGCUCAUCGUCAACGACCCCGAUCACCCGUACGUCAUCGGCACGAGGAUCCUCUACACCGACGACGGCGAGAUCUCGUACAUGGAGUCGAUCGUGACCGACCAGGGCGACUGGCUCUUCAACGCGACGGGCUACCUCUACUGGAACUCGAUCGAGAACUGGGACCCCAUCCCGGUGGAGCAGCAGGACACGCGCGCCGUGAUCAAGGCCGGCGGCGACGCCUACUUCGACCGCUUCAACAACGUCAGCGUCGAGGUCCCCUGGGGCACGACGUGCGCGCGGCUCGAGGGCGGCGCCUACACCGGCGAGAGCAACCCCUCCGGCGAGACCUGCACCAUCGGCGGCCUGCCCAGCAGCAUCAAGAUCCCCUACCGCCGCUACAUCGUCGACGAGGAGUACGGGGCCGUGGAUUUGUUUGUGGGCUUCCCCGGGCUGGACCGGACCAUCCCAGACCAGGCGAUGCCGGACAGUCACCUGUUUAGGGUCGAAGGUGGACGCAUCAAGUACAUCCACACUGUCUCUUCGUGUGUCAACGCGGGAUGCGGGCUUAAUUCGACCGGGAAUGGGACGGCUCUGGGAAGGAGGAAUGUGAACUACAAUCACCGUCCCGUGCGGUUGUGA